GUUUGGGUGAGCCAGCGUCAUGAAGGAGCAGAGAAAUCCUGUUAAAGUGUCCGGGAUUUUAUUUUCCUUCUCUGACAUUUGAAUGUUAAUAAAAUGUCCGGGUUUCGGGGUCGUUCAGUUCUUCCUGCUGAUGUCCAGCAGAUGUUGGUGGGUGAUGAAGAGCCCGAGGAGAGGAGCCCUGGUCUAGCCCAGAAGAACCCUGAGCCUCCACACAUUAAAGAGGAACAAGAAGGACUAUGGAGCAGUCAGGAGGGAGAAAAGCUUCAAGGACUGGAGGGGUCUGAUAUUAUCAAGUUCACAUUUAGUCCUGCCCCUGUGAAGACUGAAGAUGAUGAAGAGAAACCUCAGUCUUCACGGCUUCAUCAAAUACAAACUGAACAGAUGGAAAAAGGAGCUGAUGAAGAGGACUUUGGAGGACCAGAGCAGGCCAGGAGUUCAGACCCAGAGGGAUAUUUACAUCCAGAGAUUGAGGUCAAGAUUGAAGAAUCUUCUGAAGCUGAAACUGAUGCCAGUGAUGAUUGGGAGGACACCAGAGAAGAUCAGUUGGGUUUAAACUCUGCAAAAGACAUUAAAGACAAGAGAAAAAGGUGUGACAAGAAGUCACAUAGCUGCUCUGAGUGUGGUAAAAUAUUUAACCAAAAAAGCCAUCUGACAGAUCAUAUGAGAAUUCACACAGGGGAGAAACCCUUUGGCUGCUCUGAAUGCGGCAAAAGAUUUAAUCAUCAAAGAUGUAUGACCAGGCACUUGUUAGUUCAUACCAGAGAAAAAACAUUCACCUGCUCUGAGUGUGGCAAAGGAUUCAGCCAAAAGGGAAAUAUGAUCAGACACAUGAGACUUCACAAAGGAGAACAACCCUUCAGCUGCUCUGUAUGCAGUAAAAGAUUCAAUGAAAAGUCUGGCCUGACAGCUCACAUGGCGAAUCAUAGAGGAGAGCAACCCUUCAGCUGCUCUGUGUGUGGAAAGAGAUUUAACUUUAAAGGAAAUCUAGCCCAGCAUAUGGUGGUUCACACUGGAGAGAAACUCUACAGCUGCUCUUAUUGUGUCAAAAGUUUUAAACAUAAAUCAUGUCUGACACGUCACAUGGCACAUCACAGAGGGGAGAAACCCUUCAGCUGCAAUAACUGUAACCGGAAAUUCUCUUUGCAUGCCCAUUUAAUAAUGCACACGUGUAUAUCAGAUCAGGAGAGACAUUUACAACCAGAGGAUGAGGUCAAGACUGCAGAGUCUUCUGAACCUUUGACUGAUGUCAGUGAGCAUUGGAAGUUGACAGAUAUUUACAAAGAUACAAAGUCGCAUAGCUGCUCUCAGUGCAAUAAAACAUUCAAAAAGAAACAUGCUUUGAUCAGGCACAUGAGAAUUCAUACAAAAGAGAAACCCUUUAGCUGCUCUGAGUGUGGUAAAAGAUUUAGCCUUAAAGGAAAUCUGACACAACAUGUAGUAAUUCACACAGGAGAGAAACCCUACAUCUGUAGUGUGUGCAACCAAAGGUUUGCUUGGCAUAAACUUUUUAAAAAGCACAAGUGUGUUGCUGAAUGGGUUUCUGCACUUCAUCAAAACCAAGCUGAGGAGACAGGAGAGGUGGAAGCAGGACCUGAAGGAGGGGACUGUGGAGGAUCAGAACAAGACUGGAACUCAGAUCCAGAGAGAAUUUUGCAGCCAGAGACUGAAAUCAAGACUGAGAACUCUCCUGAACCUGUGGCUGCAGUCAGUGAUGACUGGAUGGCAACCAGAGAACAUUAGUUUUGUUUAAACUCUGAGAAAUUUUGAUUUUUCAGUCAGUGAUGUGAGAUGUUAACCUGGUUAGAAAACUCUCAGUUUUUCUGAGCGUUGGAACACAUUCUAGUGGCGUCACUUUAUAAAAAGACCCAAAAACAAAGAUAAGAGAAAAACCAUUAAGGGCUACUUUUGUAGUAAAUAAUUUAAACAAGUAACAUUUUUGAAAAUUAGCUUAAAAUAGUUUGCAAUGCUCUUGAACAAGUAGUGUGAAAAUAAUUAUACAAUCAUGAUGCUGGGAUAUUUUGCUAGAUCUCUACUAGGAAAUCAUGGUUAGAAAAAACUGAUGAUGUUUCAAAUAUGAAUAAGUUCAUUUGAACAUAUUCCAGAUUUAUCCCGAUUUUCUGCCUAAAAUGUUGACUAAAUGCAUUUCAUAAUCAAUGAGUAUGCCUGGAUGGGCUGCAUAGUUUAUGUAUGACUGCCUAAAUAGGCUAAAUUUUGGGUCAUAUUUCCUUUUUAUUCUGUUAAAGACCAUCAUUUUAGAUCAAUAAACUAAUAGAAAAAAUG